CUCAAAUACCACUUGCUCCUUUCUCUUUUGUGACACACGUUGUGGUGAGAACAGCAUCAUUCGAGAUGGCAUCCGGCGGCCUCCAGAUCCUGGGCACUACUCUGGCGAUUAUUGGUUGGAUUGGUAGCAUCAUCAUUUGCGCUCUGCCUAUGUGGAAGGUGACUGCAUUUAUUGGCAACAACAUUGUCACAGCUCAGAUCUUCUGGGAAGGCCUGUGGAUGAACUGUGUGAAGCAGAGCACCGGGCAGAUGCAAUGCAAGGUCUACGACUCCAUGCUGGCUCUCCCACGGGACCUACAGGCUGCACGUGCUCUGGUCGUCAUUUCCAUCCUGGUGACCGUGAUGGGUAUCCUGUUAGCCGUCGCUGGAGGGAAGUGCACCAACUGCCUGGAGAAUGGCGUCGGCAAGGCCAGAGUGGUCAUUGCCGCUGGGGUGUUCUUUCUGGUCGGCGGUGCCCUCUGCUUGAUCCCAGUCUCCUGGUCCGCCCACUCGGUCAUCAGGGAUUUCUACAACCCCAUCAUCGUCGACGCGCAACGCCGGGAGCUGGGCGCGUCCCUCUUCAUCGGUUGGGGGUCCGCCGGACUGCUGCUUCUCGGAGGAGCUCUUCUCUGCUGCCAGUGCCCCAAGAAUGACGACCGUGGCUACUCUGCAAAGUAUUCGGCUCCAAGGUCCACCUCUAGCGGGAGAGCCUACGUGUGACUCAAAGGUUACGAACUCUACUCUACAUUGGGUUAAAUGAUUUUACUGAGCAUGUUCACCUUCUCUUUUAUUUGAAUAAAUUAUUGAAAUUUUAA